AUGUCUCAAAACCAGCAAUAUCUCUUCUCCUCAUCGAUUUAUGGCAGCGAAUUUGACAAUUAUACUCCUCGGAAUCAUCCUUUUACGCCUGAUCUAUCCGAGAGUCAGGAAACGUUACCUUCCUUCGAUACAGAUUUCCUCCAACUAUCCCUGCCGCCUACACUUCCUUCACCAUUCACACGUGUUGGCCCUGGUCGGAAUAAAGCCUAUUUUCUCUACGACGAAAUGCUCCAUAACGACUGGGUAAGCUGGUGGCUAGAGACAGGGUUUGGUAAGAAAGGUCAUAUACCCUGGGACGCGAAACAUCAGUCCAGUACCUGGGAUGCAUUUCACCAGGUCGCUAAUAGCUCUGAUGGUGCUGCAAAGGCUAUGUGUAAGCGCUGUGGACAGCUUCUUGAGCACCCGAACUUCGUCCGUGAGACAAAGGAUGGGAAGAAACAGCGUCAAGGAACCUCGACUAUGAAAGGUCACCUUACCAGCACAGGCUGUAUUAGAGCUUCUCAGGAUCAAGGGACAAAUAUCACUCGAUUUCUACAGCCAAAGAAUAUGCCGAAAACCGAUGAAUUCAGUCAAGAGACAUGGGAACAAGAGAUCCUUACAUUUCUUACUGUCGCGCGUCUUCCCUUUCGGCUGAUUGAGCAUCCCACGUUUCAUCGCUUAAUCCAGAUGGCCCAGUCCGCGCCAAGG